AUGGUCAAGAAGCGAGCGUCCAACGGACGUAACAAGAAGGGCAGAGGUCACGUCAAGCCGAUCCGAUGCUCCAACUGUUCCCGAUGCACACCUAAAGACAAGGCCAUCAAGAGAUUCACAAUCAGAAACAUGGUUGAGUCGGCUGCCAUUCGUGAUAUUUCCGAUGCCUCCGUCUUCGCAGACUACGCCGUCCCCAAGAUGUACUUGAAGUUGCAGUACUGCGUCUCUUGCGCCAUUCACGGCAAGAUUGUCCGAGUCCGAUCGCGCGAAGGCCGACGAAACCGAGCUCCUCCCCCAAGAGUCCGAUACAACAAGGACGGAAAGAAGGUCAACCCUCAGCAAGCCGCUGCUAAGACUCUUCAGGCAUAA